CCGGUGAAAUGGAGCACAAGAUUUGAAUUUCUCCGUCUCCGUCAGCUCCGUCUUCCACCUCUGCCUCCUAUUUUCCACAACAGAAGCGCGUUUGACUAGAGGACACUAUGAAUGAUGAUACUCGCAAAUUGUUUGAAAACGUUGCUAAAAAGAUGGGCUGGAUGGAUGAGGGACUGGACGCAGCAGCAGAGAGGCUGCGAAUCGAAAUUGGCAAAACUCGUCGUUUUGCCACAAGUGUUCAUCAAGUGAUGGAUCCAACAUGUUUGCCUAUCCAGCUUGGCCUCUCUGAAAGUGAAGAAGAUCAGGAGAAGGAGAACAAGUGCUCCAUGGGCAAUAAUUACAGAAACAAGUCUUUGACUGAUUCCAGUGACGAUAAUUUUGACCAGUUUCUUGUGGGAACGGCUUCAUUGAAAGCUAAACCUGCCACUUCAAAAAUAUGUAGCUCUGCAAAGAAAUACAGUUCAAAUGUUCUUGUGGUGAGCUCAGAUGAUGAGGGCAGUUUUGAGACAUUUCUGCAACGAGUGAAAACCCCUAAUGCCAAGCCUAAGAAAAUAUCAGAGAGCGGGAGUGAAGACAGCCUCAAAAACUUCAUAGUGGAUGACUACUCAUCAGAUGAUGUCUUUAUUCAGCCAAAAUCAUCACAUAAAGUGCCUAAGAAGAGGAAUACUCCAGCAGCCCAGCGUCCACAGAGGAGACCACUGUCUCAGUGUGACUCCCCAGUCUUUGUUUGUGACAGUGAUGAUGAUGAUGAUGGUAAUAUUGUGAUCAAGAGCAGUUGGAGAACUCGUCAGUCACGACCAAAAGCCCCGCCAAAAGCUAAUAAGAAUAAUGCUCUGCUGUCUGAUGAAGAUGACAGUUCGCCAUCACUCCCUUUGCCUCCAGUCCCAUCUCCUUUUUCUCUUCCUCCCCUCAAAACUCCAACGUCACUGACCUCUCCCAAGCGUACUUCUUCAGCACCAUCUAAGCUGGAUGAAUCAGCCAGUUCUGAGGAGGAGUUCACAUCCCUGCUGGAUAGACUGAAAAAGAAAAACAAAUUCACUAGCACUUCAUUCUCACCAAAGAACACCAAAGAGUCCAGUAAGGAGCCUCCUGCGUUAGUUCCUCCUAUAAAGGUACUCGCAACACCAGCUUCGAAAUCAUCAGGUGGAACACCUCUGCAUGUGAAAACCCCAGGGAAAUCCACCAUCUUGAAGCCCAUAGUCAGUCAGACAGAGCCCAGACACGGUCCCACCAGCAGGGUAGCGUUGUGUAAGACCCCUGGGUGCUUCUUGGAGUCACUUUCAAACCCUGGCUCCAGCUAUGGCCGCAAUUUUAAGCAAAACAAGGAAGACCUCACUAUUAAACUCUAUCAGCUCUACAAUAUCAGUGUCUUUGACAGUAAGCUCCCUGUCAAUAUGUCAGUGACCUGGAAUAAGAAGAUGCGGAAGACAGCCGGUUUCUGUAUCUCAGGGCAAGAGCGAGGUGGAGGGAGCCGCUACGCCCGCAUCGAACUGUCAGAGAAAGUCUGUGAUUCUGCAGAUCGCCUCAGGGACACACUGAUUCAUGAGAUGUGUCACGCUGCUACCUGGCUCAUUCAUGGUGUAAGGGACGGGCAUGGGAGCAUCUGGAAGUUUUAUGCUCGCAAGUCCACAGUGGUGCAUCCUGAGCUGCCCAUGGUCAGUCGCUGCCACAGUUAUGACAUCAAGUACAAAUUCCAGUACCAGUGCAGCCGCUGCCAGAAUACUAUUGGGCGUCAUUCCAAGUCACUGGACACACAGAGGUUCAUGUGUGCCCUCUGCAAAGGUCAACUCGUCUUACUGACUCCCUCCAAGCCACGUGCUCCCACACCUUUUGCCAACUUCGUCAAAGAGAAUUAUGGGACCGUUCGACAGGAGCUAGCAGGACAAAGCCACGCGGACGUGAUGCGUAAGCUUAGUGCAGACUUUGCCUCCAAGACUAAACUCAGUUAAAGCUGAGAUCUUGCUUGUAGCUGUACUUAAAGCUGUGAACUGAGCUGCACAACCACAGGAAACCUGUUCAAAUACUCAAAUACCUCAGUGAACAAGUCUUGCAUCAGUGAGCAGCUGUGAAUAUUGAAUCUAUUUUUAUGUUUUCUGUUAUUUCUGUAUUUGUCAGUAUGUGUUCAAAGACUGGACAUGCUGUAACAGGGAGCCUAAGCAGUAAGUUUGUGUUCUUGAGUGUGUUUUUGUGUAGUGUAUUGUGUAGAUGAGGCAGUGUCCAUGAAAUUCACACCACCUGUUGUCUUUGGUAUUGAAUAUAUUCUGGAGAUCAGUAUGAUUAGAUCCAUAUGUUU